AUGGUUGAUGAAGCUCGUGAUGAGUCCGUGAAAGAGCAAAUGGCUGUGGUGUUUAGAUAUGUUGAUGCAGAAGGUUUUGUGAAAGAACGCUUUUUUGGGCUUAUUCAUGUUGUUGACAUUGCAGCUUUGACUCUAAAGAAUGGGAUAUAUUCUUUGUUAUCUCAAUAUUGCUUAGAUAUACAAAAUAUUCGAGGGCAAGGAUAUGAUGGAGCAAGCAACAUGCGAGGUAUGUGGAAUGGAUUACAAGCUUUGAUUUUGAAUGAUUGCCCAUAUGCUUACUAUAUCCAUUGUUUUGCACAUCGCUUACAAUUGGCAUUAGUAAAAGCAUCAAAACAAGUUGUUCCCAUUAGUCAUUUUUUUCUUACAUUGCUUUUUCUGAUCAAAAUUGUUAGUGCUUCGUGCAAGCGCAAUGAGCAAUUGAAAGUUGCCAAUGCUAAUGAAAUAGCACGUUUGAUUGAUCUUGAAGAGCUUGAGACUGAAAGUGGACUUAAUCAAAUUGGCACUUUACAACGACCUGGAGAAACACAUUGGAGUUCACAUUUUAGAUCAGUUUCUAGCUUAUUAAGGAUGUUUAGUUCAACUGUUGAAGUCUUACAAAAUAUAAUUGAUGGUGCAAUUGAUGGAGAAAAUCGGGCAGAAGGAGAGUCAGCUUAUGAAGAUUCUCAACUACAGGAACUAAAUUAUCGGUUUAAUGAAGAUGCAAUGGAGUUGCUUAGGCUUAGCUCAGCUUUAGAACCUCGAGAGGUAUUAAAAUCUUUCAGAAUUAGUGAUCUUUGUUUGUUGGUAAAGAAUUUUUAUCCACAAGAUUUCACAAAUUAUGACAAACAAGUGUUGGAGAAGGAGCUUUUUCAUUUUGAGCAUAAUGUAGUUCAAGAUCCAGAGUUCAAAAAAUUGAAAAGUUUAUCUGAGUUGUCUCAAUGGUUAGUGAGAACUGGAAAUUCAAAACACUACAAACUUGUUUAUAGAAUGGUGAUACUUGUGCUUACUCUUCCAGUUUCUACUGCUACUACAGAGCGAGCAUUUUCAGCUAUGAAACUUGUCAAAACUGAACUUCGAAACAAAAUGGAAGAUGACUUUUUGAAUGACUCUUUGAUGUUAUACAUUGAAAAGGAUAUAGCUUCGACAUUUAGUUUGGAUUCAAUAGUUGGAGCGAGCAUGAGUAAUGAGGAAAGGGUCCAAGUAUUGCCAUUUCCGACUCAAAACAUGGAUGUCUUUGCUUGGAACCCCUAUAAAGUUCCUGAGGUUGAUCUCGGGCUUAUUGUCCACAAGCUUAAUGUAGACCCCUCAUAUCCCCCAAAGAAGUAG